GACGGUUUGUACAAGGUGCCGAUUCAGUAUAGAUGGACUUUCCCCAUCUCCUGACUCCAGAGCUGUUGCACGCAGCACGCAAUCGGGGAGGACAUGACAAUCACCGGCAACAUCACCACCAUCUCAAAGUCCGACUCCAACAGCAGCAGCGCAAACACCAACUCUGUGGCAGUAAUGGCAUGCCAGUAACUUCUCCCCUUCAGGGCCGCGAACCAGUCAGAGACCCUUUUCUGUCAUAUCAAACUCCAAACAAUAAUACUCACACGUGGACAAACACCAAUACCGGCACGAGGACAUUGCCAUCUUCCACCAUCCUGGCCAACACGAGGAGAAGUAACGGAGCUCCGCAGCGGCGCGACGCCCCGGGCGGCGAGGACGCCCAGCGUGAGAUCGGUCAAUUCUUCAUUCAAAGUAUCGAAUACCCUCGCGGUCACUUCUUCGUGACGCCGAAACCCGAAGAGAUCUCGCACCCUGAUCCACCCAUCAUCAAACGACCUUGCUACCCAGAGAUGCGACGACACUCACUCGACCAUUUCGAACCGUGCAUCUUCUUCGUCCAGUACCCGUGCAGGGCCAAAUGUCGAAGCCUCGGCAUCUGCGUGCACUAUCAAUUCGUCAUUCCUUGCGGCAAGUGUCCCGACGGGUUGAUCUGUUCGGAAUGCAUCCAGGGCACGAGUCCACAAGAACGUAUAAUGGCAACACGAAAGUGUCCAUUGCAUCAAGACCCGAACCAACCCAAUCCCAUUGGCAACCGAAUGGAGGAUUUCUUAGCGACAGAAGCACAAAAGGUGGCAUGUGAAGAGAUCCUAUUCCGAUCAAGAACAGGUCAAUGGGAAGACCUUCCCGUUCCAUCACUACUGAUGAAUGACAAUUGGACGGGACAACAACCACACGAAGAAGAAGACUAUUGUCCUCGAGUAGAAGGACAAGAACGAUGGUGCGACGACAACAACGACAACAACGACAACAACAAUAGAGAAAGAACUCCGAGGAACUUUGACGACGUUCAAAUGUUGGACAGUACAACAAUAUUUGAUAAACAUGAACAUGAAGAACGUGACCUCGAUUUUGGUUUACUUGAUCAAAAGACAGCAGCACGUUGCUUUCAACCUAUCGAGAAGGAGAAGCAACAGCAGCAGCAGAAGGAAACCAUCAAGACCCUCAACAACAACAACGACGACGACAUGUUUUCUUUCGAUGUGUUUGGAGGUCCUAUGGGGAUGCAAUCAUUUCCUUGUGGUCUAUCAUAGUCGACAUGGUCCAUGGGUUCAUUUUUAGGGUUUACGCGGAUCAAUCAGGUCUUGUAGAAAUUUCUUAAUGGUUUAGAGAGUAAUGAUGAUGGGCGGGAGAGAGAAAAC